UAGGUGUAGUUCUACAUCCUGACCAAUAGAGGGCACUGAUAUGAAUUUAUAAAGACCAACCCUUUUGCCAGAAGAAGAGGAGUUGCGGGAAAACUGAAGCUAUAAGUUCCCUGUUGGACUUAUGAAACAUAAUAAAUAAAUAAAAAAUCAAAAUGAAAACCCCCAAAUCCAGUGAUGUCAGGAAAGGAAUCGCUGAUCUUUGGGAGACUCUGCAGUGCCCCAUAUGCCUGGAUUUAAUGGCUGUGCCCGUAUCUACUAAAUGCGACCACAAGUUCUGCAAGUUUUGCAUGACGAAGCUUUUGGACAGUUCCAAACAGAACGGGGCCAGCUGUCCAGUUUGUAAAUCCAAGAUUACUAGAAGGAGCUUACGAGAAAGUCCCAGCUUUCAAAAACUUGUCACAGGAUUGCAGGACAUCAUACAGGCUUAUGAACGUGACACUGGAACAAACUAUUUCACUGGUUUGAUCAACCAGAAAAAACCCUCAAGUUUAUCUGGAGAGACUCCUGAUGUGGAAAAUGCAGACCAAGAUAUUUCACAUUCUCACUCUUCCACUAUUGCAGCUCAGAGUGAUUUUGCAAAGCUGAUGGGACUUGAGGACUCGGCUCCCUUAGGAACGGAGCACGAGUGCGUGGACAGCGGCCUCGGCGACGCUCCGCCAACCAGUGACAGGAAGCUGUCCAGCCCCACCCACAGCUGUGAGCCCACGGUUACUGUCAGAAAGGUUGGACUAACGCACAAAACCAGGAAGAGGAAGAAGUCCUCCAACUUGACGAAAGCCUCUUCUGAUCCAGAGUCGACCCAAGAUGAACCUUUAAGAAAGUCUUCAAGGAAAAAGAAGAGAAAAGAUCUUGAACCUGACCAAAUUCUUGAGGAGAAAAAGAAGAAAAGCUUGGAGAAGGUUGCAGAGUGGCUCCUGAAAGUGCCUGUAGAUGAAGAGCGACCUCCUGAAGAGGCUGAAGACUCUGACAGCGCUUCGUCUGCAUCCACUAUAGAUCUCAAAGCGCACAAUUCUGAUUUGAAUGCUAAGAGAGAAGAUCGAGCGAAAGCGUUGGAAGAUCAGGUGUUCGGUGCCGUCUACAGAAGAAGAGGGACCAGGUCCACCUCACCUCUGAGGAAGGAUUUCGAGGAAUUGGAUGAUUCCAGACCGGAACAGCAAGGCGGUUUAAAAAAAAUUAAAGAAAAACAAGCGGCAGAAGAAAUGACUGUUUUCAAAAGAGGAGAAGAAAUGGAGGUUGUAGAGGAGAAUGGUUUAAAUUUAAGCGCUGACGAAUUGGAGAAAGAGGAAGGCAAGUGGGAAGUUCCACACUCUUCUCCAGACGCGAUGCAGCAAAAGGACGAAAAGACGCAGAGAAGGUCCCGAAGUCCUCUGCAGGACGUGGACUUGGAUUUGAAAGUGCAGCUUCAAGGACAAUCAGAAGUUCAUGAGCAGAAAACAACUGACGGGAGAAAAGAAAGGAACGCAAGGUUAAAAAAAGGCCAACCUACCAAAGUCCCGCCUCUUGUUUUAGUUGCUGCUCACAAUGGAGGAUCCAGCAUCCCGAAGACUGGAGAAAGAUCAGAAGAAGUCCAAGUGCAAAUAGAAAAUUACCCGAGCAGUGAAGAUCAAGAAACCCCCAUCAGGAGAAGAAGCUCACGGAAAAGUAAAAGACUUCAGCUUUCUUCUAAGAAAUUCCUCAACAAGAAGGUCAAUUUCAAAAUAUGUUUUCCUGACAAAGGGACAAAGAUGCCCGUUGACUCCCUUAAAAGUGAAAACGCCACACAAAGAAACGGAUGUGUGUACCAGCAAGAACUUGGUGGAAUUGAAAGUAUGGACUCUGGUGACAAAAUCUCCUUCCUUAAAACAGCAGAAGAACCACAACUUCUGUCUGAAGCUGAUGCAUCUGUGGUCUCGAACUCUAUAAGUCCAUCUGCAGUCGACCCAGCCCUCCCAGAGGAAAAUCCCAAAAGAGGUCCUCCCGUCGGAGAACCUCAAAUGGAAAACGAGGAGAAAAAUGACAGCGAGCUGGACACGGAGCAGCUUCUCAGAAGCUUCAAAUCAGCCAAAAGGAAAUCUUUCCAUCUUGGCCCACCAAGCAUGAAGAAGAAUCGCUCGGACAAAGAGGAGGAGACCAGCAUGGACGGAAAGGAGGCCCGCUGUGGGGAUUCUGAUCUUUCUCAGCAGCAGAAACCAGAGACUGAAAAAUCCUCCUGCAGUGAUUUGAUUCCUCCGUCAGUCUCACCCUUUCAGACGAGAAGAACGGCCAUUGAGAAACAGGAUCAAGUGGUCCAAGCUUCCAUCACUGAUGACCUCCCUUCAGAUCAGGAGGCUUUUGCCAGAAAGUCCACCCUUAAGAGUAGCCAAAGCAGUAACCUCAGUCCCAAUGAAGUGUCCAAGUGGGACAAGGAAAGCUCUCCUCUUUCUGUUGUUCCUCAAGUUGGAGAAUCCGGCCUCAUCUUCAGGGCUGUUCAGCGCCAAGAGACGCAACUCCCUCUGACUGCUGAUGGUCACUCGAGUGAUGCAAGCAAAGUGCCGGAGACGAGGAAUGAAAGUCCAGAAAGUUACCUACCCGGUACCUGCAGAUCGAACGCAGCCAAACACGCCUUCCUUCCAGAGUAUUCUUUAACCCCUGAUGGCCUGGUUGAACACGAGACGAGUGUUGAUGCUAGCGGAGACAUUAGCGCCCAUUCCUCUGUAAAUACCAAACCAAAAAAGAAAAGAGCUCAGAGGCUGGAGUCUUCAUCGGAAUCCAACGGCAGCGGAGCCGAAGCGGAGCUCCCAACUUUGAAGGAAAUCUUUGGAAAUGCAGCUGGAAAUCAGAGAGAAGCAGAGGGAUGCGAGGAAGCAGAAGGUCCUGCUGUGGAGGCUGCAGAACCCUGUGCAGAACCGUGUCCCAGCCCAGACAGUCAAGCAUCUGUGGAUUUAUUCGGCACUCCUGAGGAAUGUGAAGUUCCAGUAAAUGACACCAGUGUUUCCAUUGAGUCCUCCCAGUUUUCAAGUGAAAUCCUUGUAACUCAGCAAAAAAUUGAAAUGCAAAAGGAGCUGGUCAGGCUGGAGAAGCUGAUGGCUCUUGUUUCGGAGGUGUUGCAGGAGAAGGAGGAGAACCCCGCUCAAAAUCUCCCACCCGACAGCCGUCAGAUCAACAAAGUUACAAGCCCAGAUGCUGAUCCUUCCCUCCGGAAUGACCAGGACCCAGUCCAAGGCUCAGACAGGAUGGAUAUUCCAGGUGGAGCAGAAGAUCUCAAAAGGGUGUCGUCAGAGGAAAAGGUGGCGAUCGAGGUCGCCGUAUCGAGUCACGGUGACGCCACAGAGAUGGCAACCAGAACGGCCCAGAAAAGUAUUUUACCGCCACACGGACAAGAUGACAAAGAAAAUACCAGCCCUCCUAAAGCAGGAGCCAAAGGAAAGCCGGUGUUCGUGUCUUCUGGAUUGGGUCCCACUGAGCAGAUCAUGGUGAAAAAGUUUGCCAAGAGGAUUGGAGCGCGUGUGGUUUCCCGUGUGACAUCAGAAGUGACGCAUGUCGUCAUGCGCACAGAUGAUCAGCUGGUCUGUGAGCGCACCCUAAAGUAUUUCCUUGGAAUUGCAGGCAGGAAGUGGGUCGUCAGCUUCCAGUGGAUUUCCGAAUCCUUAAAACAGAAGAACCUCCUGGAUGAGAGUCUUUUUGAAGUGAGAGGUGAUGUGGUGAAUGGACCGAACCACUGUGGGCCCCAGAGGGGUCGCACCGCUGAAGACCAUAAUCUGCUCCUGAAGGGCUUCAAAAUCUGCUUCCAAGGAUCUUUUACUGACAUGACAACAGAUGAAAUGGAGUUGAUGGUGGAGCUCUGUGGAGCAACUGUGGUCAAAGACCCACUAUUUUUUGACAGUAAACAGCCUCAUCAACUCGUCAUCGUACAGCCAAGAUCAGACGCUUCAUCUUCAACAUACAGCAGUUUGGCCAGAAAGGCUACAGUUGUGACCCGCGGGUGGCUCUUGGAUACGGUCGCAACCUACACUGUGCAGAACUACAAAAAUUACACCAUAUAUGGACGUGAAAAUCCUUCAAUUUCCUCUUGAAACCCUUUUCUGAUUCACUUUAAAUGUCUGUUUUUAACAAAGCUGUAAUAUCUGUGUGUUGUGUGAAAAUGAAUAUAAAAUUUAAUCGAAUUUCA